GGUCGUAAACAAAGUGAAAUUCUGAUCUUUGACAACUUUAAGCGUUAUUAGCUAGGUACCUAGUUAUGUAUUUUCGUCAUGUUUUACGAACACAAUUCGUCGGCACCAGGGCGGCCCAGUUAUGUCCUUUUCUGCGUGUUUGUCGAACCGAGAGGUCACUUUGCACUCAAAACGAUGAGGUGAAACUGGCACAGGAGGCCAGCAAGAGGUACGGCUCCCCAGGUCCAACCAUCUUCUCCAAAGUGAUUGAUAAAAGCAUCCCUGCAGAUGUCAUUUAUGAAGAUGACAAGUGCUUGGCAUUCAGAGACAUCAACCCGCAGGCCCCUGUUCACUUCUUGGUUAUUCCAAGGGUCCCUAUUCCUGGAAUAAGUGCAAUCAAAGAUGAUGAUGCUCAGCUCUUGGGACAUUUGUUGAUUGUUGCUAAAAAUGUGGCGAAGCAAGAGUCCCUGACUGACGGCUACAGAGUCGUGAUCAACGAUGGAAAAGAUGGAUCUCAGAGCGUCUACCACCUCCACGUCCACGUCCUGGGAGGACGGCAGAUGUCAUGGCCGCCAGGAUGAUGGUUUCGUCCAGUCCUGUGCAAAAGUCUUAAACCACACCUCGUUCCUUUUUGGAUCGCUUUCGAGGAGCCAGCGUUGGCUGGGAUCUUUUAAAGUGGAUUAG